GGUGUGUGAGCGUGUGUGACCGUGAAUUCAGGCGGAGCAGAUAGAGGAUGGAGGACUGGAACGAAGGGACGGAGAAGCAGCCGACUCACAUCUCACCCCGACAAAAACACGUCCACGCGUGAGGAAUCGUGUUAAAUCCACGCUAAGAGUUCGGAUUGCAUUGCCUCUCUUUCCUCGUUUUGUCGCAGGCAGCAGCUGCGCGUCGCUUCGCUUCGCUUCUCCUGGCGGUGAAAACAGAACCGGCUCUGGCUUUUAUGUGGAUGGAGAGAAAAUCCUGUUAAAAAAGGGAGAAAAAAAAAAACAAUCACAGCAACAUUUCACGCGAGGUUUCACACCUUCUUCCUUAACAGUCACCGAUCCCGUGGAAAUGGAUGAAGACAAUCAUGUCCCAGAGGAUCUGUCCCUGGAGGAGAGGGAUGAGCUGUCAAACAUCCGACGGAGGAAGAGGGAGCUGCUCGAUGAUAUUGAGAGGUUGAAAUUUGAGAUCUCAGAGGUCAUGACAGAGAUCGAACAGCUGACGUGUGUCGGAGAAAGCAAAACAUCCCAGAGGAACAAACAGAUUGCAAUGGGAAGGAAGAAGUUUAACAUGGAUCCUAAAAAGGGAAUCCAGUUCCUGCUGGAGAACGACCUCCUUCAGAACACCCCAGAAGACAUCGCCCAGUUCCUCUACAAGGGCGAGGGCCUCAACAAGACCGUCAUUGGGGACUACUUGGGCGAGCGGGAUGACUUUAAUAUCAAGGUUCUUCAGGCCUUUGUGGAGCUGCAUGAGUUUGCAGACCUGAACCUCGUCCAAGCGCUGCGGCAGUUCCUAUGGAGUUUCCGACUGCCAGGUGAAGCCCAGAAGAUUGACCGGAUGAUGGAGGCGUUUGCUUCGCGCUACUGCCAGUGCAACCCUGGAGUCUUCCAGUCGACAGAUACCUGCUAUGUAUUGUCAUUCGCCAUCAUCAUGCUGAACACCAGUCUACACAACCCAAACGUCAGAGACAAGCCCCCCGUGGAGCGCUUCAUCUCCAUGAACAGGGGCAUCAAUGAAGGAGGGGAUCUGCCAGAGGAGCUUCUCAGGAAUCUUUACGACAGCAUCAAAAAUGAGCCCUUUAAAAUCCCAGAGGACGACGGGAAUGACUUGACACACACAUUCUUCAACCCGGACAGAGAGGGCUGGCUGUUAAAGCUGGGCGGCAGAGUCAAAACGUGGAAGAGAAGAUGGUUUAUCCUGACUGACAACUGCCUCUAUUACUUUGAGUACACGACAGAUAAAGAGCCUCGUGGAAUCAUCCCCCUAGAGAACCUCAGCAUCAGAGAGGUGGAUGAGCCAAGAAAACCUAACUGCUUUGAGCUCUACAACCCCAGCCACAAAGGGCAGGUCAUCAAGGCCUGCAAGACGGAGGCAGACGGGCGCGUUGUGGAGGGUAACCACGUAGUGUACAGGAUAUCGGCCCCCACCCAGGAGGAGAAGGAGGAAUGGAUCAAGUCCAUCAAGGCGAGCAUCAGCAGGGAUCCUUUCUACGACAUGCUGGCCACCAGGAAGAGAAGGAUAGCCAAUAAGAAAUGAUGACUGCCUGCCCUUGUGUCCAUUUCUGUUUUUAUCACUGAAGUCAUGAAGGUCUCCCAUCCGUUGAUGUCAGGGAUGAGGGACAAGCAGGUACAAAGGGAUCAUUUCUGGACCAACGAUGCCAGAAUCUCAAGGCUGUUCUGAUGUGAAACUGAAGAAGAGGGAAGAUUGAAAGACUUCUAAUGAAGCACAGUCAAAGAAGACACAACUGCGACUGUCAAAAGGGAGCCUUUUCUGUAAUGCUUGGGAGAGACUGCCCCCUGCUGGGCAUUUAAGGAAUGGGAACUAGUCACCAUAUACAGUGCCUUGCAAAAUUUCCCCAUUUAUCUUUUCCACAUUUUGUCACUUCAUUUUAUUUCAACUGGAUUUUAUGUGAUAGACCAACACAAAGUAGUGCAUUAUCUUUAAGCAAUGAUAUUUCUGUUUGUUUAUUAUUUUAUUUGCUGAUUAAAAAUCAGUAAAAUGAAGCAUGAGUUGAAUCAAGGAUAGAGUAAAUGCUUUGGAGAUCUAUACCAGCUUUUCAACUUUAAAAUCUGAAUUUUCUGCCUAUUCUGGAGUUGAAACUCAGUCAGUUCAGGUGGAAAACUUUUCUGAGCACAAUUUUAGCUCCGACUUUAUAUUCAGGGUUAUUCUCCUGCAGCAUUAACGUUUACCUUUCCUUUACCCAACAAAUGAUGCACCGUUUAGUGUUGGACUACCUCGUACAAUCGCGCCGAAGCAGACUGAUUUUUCUGGUGAAAAAUUGUGAAAAAGUUCCAGAGCUUUGAUUUAUUUUUUUUGCAAGACACUGUAAACCCACAGAAACUCUGACGGCAGCUUUCCUGUCAUCUUUUCCUUCAUCUGCCGACGUGUUACAAUAUUUUAUAGCAACUUCUGAAAGCCUCACGUUUAUCAGUCAGCUGGUCUGGUUGGUAGCUUUCAAAUGACCGAAUUAUGCAAUCGUUCUGAUUUAUUCUGUAAAUGAAUUCACACACCUAAAUUAUAAAACGCGCAGGUAUUUAAUAUCCGACUGCCAAUGGAGAAAUGAAUGAGGGCUGAAGAGCUUAGUGUAUAGAGUGUAAUAAUGACACAUUUUAGACUGACUGUGCUUUUAAAAAGUUCUAAUUCAGUUUGUUAAUCAUCUCUAAAGAUUUUGUGUCCAAAAAUCCAUCUUUUUAAUUUCAACUCUUUUGUAUUUAUUUUCUCCUCCUUCCAGUUAGCUUGUAGUAAAUUGUGUACAGGUGGUUUUCUUUAUGUUCAUGCAGUGUUUAUCCAUUUGGCUACAAUACAGCAAGAGAGGCGUUUUGUUUCUCCUGGUGUUGAAAAGAAGCCUCCUUAUUCCUGUGGUUGAUGAGGACGUAAUACACAUACAGGAUUAAAGAAAUAAUGUCUUGUGAACAUUCAGAAGGUCAAUCAGAGUCUCUCAGUUUAACCAGCAGCUGGUGAACAGGUUACGUUUGUCAUUGUUGUGCGUUUCUUUGGGGAAACAUCCUUUAAAAAUACUUUGAUGUUAAAUCUAAAUAAAAAAAUCAUACUCCUUA